UUAACUUUCUUCCACCACUUCACUUUCUUCCACCACUUCACUUAGACUCGUGCUCCAGGAUCGGCUUUCAAGACCGUAUCGUUCAGUGUUAUACUUUAGAAGGUCCGAGCGCGUCUCUUCUCCACCACUCUACUUUGUUCUUCCGAGCGCGAUCCAUCAUCCUCUUUCACUUCUUCUCCGCUUUCACCAUCUCACUUCUCCAGACCAUCUCGUCUACAGUGCCACCGGCCAUAAUGACGUCCACCGAGAAGUUGGAGAAGUUGCAGAAGCAGCGGCGCGAGGCAAUCGAGGCCCUGGAUCCGUUUCUCGCGCAUGACUCUACCCUCCCUGAAGACAUAAUGAUGUUAAUGAUUUAUCUUAACGCGAGACCCCAACACGCUAGCAAAGCCGAUCUCUUACCCCGCGACGAGAUUGAGGAGCGGCUGGACAUCAUCAAGAAAAUACUAGAUGAGCAGCGCUUAUACCUCGAUGACCAAACGAUCCAGUUCACAAAGUUGCAGCUGUCCGCAUUUCUGGUCAUGCCACUGGAAAGUCUUCGACAAUUAAUUCCCGGACCUUUUGCUCCUUCCGAACUUUUGGAUUCAUUCCUCUUUACUAUCGAACCUUGGUUGAACUUCUUUCUGAAGGGUCGUUGGCUACAGCCCAACGACAAUGCUUCCGCUGAAACAAGCAACGUGACCCCCAAGAAGCGCAAAUUCGAUGGCUCGGAUGACGAGUAUGACCCGAACACGCGAAGAGUCGGUCCUGAUGGGAAAAUUCGUCGAAACCAGGCGGAGAGGAACAAAUGUUUCGACAGAGAUAACGAGGUCUGCAUCAUCACAAAAGCCGCAAACCCCGAUGUCUGCCACAUUGUCCCAUUUGUCGUAAAUGUGAGCGAAGAGAAUAGAGCUAUUACAGGGAAACUCAAGUCGAUUUACGCUUUUAUGUUUGGCAGGGCAGUAGAGCCUAAACUGCAGCGCCUUCUCGCCAACGGACUUGGUUGCUCCGACAAAAGUUGGAACAUGAUAUGCUUGAACCGCCAGCUCCAUUUCUGGUGGGCAGAGGCGCGGUUCGGAUUGAAAUGCCUGGGAAUUACCCGGCAUGACGAAUUGAAUUCCAGAAUUCAAGUUCAAUUCUAUUGGUUGCCCAGACACAAUGGGAACCCUAAGGAGUAUGCUAGACUCGAAGUCAACGAGGUCCAGGAGAUGCUGCAAGGGUCGAGACCUUGUUCUAUAUCCGCGUCUAGAGUUGAGUCAAACCGGAGUAUUGUCUCGGGUCAAAUAUUCGAGAUGACGAUGGAGCAUGAAGAGGCAGCGAACAUGAAGCUGAUGGUUGAUGUGCAGUGGGCCCUUAUCAGAAUAGCGGCGAUGUCUGGUGCUGCGGGAGCACCAGAACUCUUAGACGACCCUCGCGAUCCGGAUAGCGAUUUUCAAGUCCGAGUUCGUAAGUUGCUCGAAAGGAAGGAGGCGCUCUCGAGUCUGAUGUAAGGUUUUGGUGGUUAUACUGAAUAUGCGCAUUCUAUUGCGUCAGAAGAGCCGCCUGUCCCCCCGCCUGUCCUGCCUGCCCCGCUUGUCCCGCCUGCCCCGCCUGUCCCGCAACAGAGUGGCAUUACUAAUAUCACAAAUCAACCUCGAUCCCACAGCCAGAGAGGUGGAAAAAGCCGCACAAGCUCCCCGGAGAAGGUUCUCGCGGUCCAGCAAACCCGGCAGAGCCGAGAGAGGGCGGCGUUGGCUAUGCGAUCGAGACCGGGAGGAUCUGAAAAUACGCCCCCUGCUAGAUGAGCAUCAUUGAAUAGCUAAGUAGGCAGUUGAGAUAAAGGUUGUCAUUUGAUAUACCGUUGUCAUUUGAUAUACCGUUGUCAUUUGAUAUACCGUUGUCAUUUGAUAUACCGUUGUCAAGGUACCUUGGC